AUUCGUUAAGAAUUAAAUCAAAAACUCAAAAAAAUCCCAAUAUCCUUAACUUCACCAUGAAGCCUACAUAUCCUUUUGUAACAUUAUUUUUACUACUCUUUAUCUUGAUUCUCCAAACUUAUAACUCACAAGCCGAUAACAUUAAGUGUGACAACAUAGAACGAGCCUUGAGACCUUGCAUGGUGUUCUUCAAGGGCGGAAGUGGGGUGACUGGGAUUCCUCCAUACGCGUGUUGUGCUGGAGCUUUAACUCUCUCUCAAAUCGCGAAUAACACUGCUAAUAGGUCAGCUGUUUGUAGAUGUGUUCAGUCAGCAAUAAAAGAUUUGAGAAUCUCAGAUGCAACAGCUAAAGCGCUUCCCCAUAGAUGUGGAAUCACCUUGCCCUUCACUUUCUCUCCUUAUGUCAAAUGUCCUGGAUAAAAUGAUCUUAAUUUGGAAAUCACUAAGAUGAAGCUCUUGCUGGAAUUAUGAGUAUAAAUAUAUAUUCCAUGAAUUUUCAAUUUGUGUUUUUUCUUUUAGAAUCAAUUAUUUGGUAUUUCAUUUUCCUGCAUCUUCAUGUAAUUAUUUCUCAAUUGCGUGUAUUUCGUCUUAUGUUUAUGUUCCUAUAGUUGUAAAAACACUAAAUAGCAAUCUGCACUAGUCUGUAUUUUUUUUUAUUA